GUUUACGAGAACCUCCUGUGCGGUUGUGGAAUAUUGCAGUUCACAUGGAUUUGGAGUUAGUUCCAAAUGAUGCACCCGAUGCAGACGCACAGGUUCAGAUCAAUAACGAAAAACACGAUCAUGGUGAGGAGAAGAUUUCAUUUCGCUUGGUAUCUUCGAAGAGGUCUGCUACUGCUGUUGCUGGACAUGCCCGCUCCGGAGGAGGUGACGAAGGUUCUCAGACGGAUGUUUCGACGGAAGAAUGUCAAGAUCCUGUUGGAGCAACAACAGCCUUGCUCGAUGAUGAAGAGUGGAGCUUUCAUCAGAAAAUGUGGGGACCGUUUUUUCUAGCUCGUAUUUUGAAGAGGCCUUCCGCGCUGUAUGAGUCACGUUACGAAUACCCGUUCGACGCCGCGGGUAAGAAGGGUCGUAUUCCUGCUUCUAAGAAUUAUGGUGGUAGAAGUACGAUCUGCACUACGACCUCGAGCUCAACAAAGCCGAAGAUGGAGCAGGAUGAAGGCGGAGUACGAUACUACCUACGCGACUGCAGCAACGGGUACAUAAGGUACAAGUGGCAGUAUUAUCACCACUUCGACUUGCACCUAAGGUGCUUAGAGCAUCGAAGUUUCCAAAUGAAGAUAGUCGAUCGGCUCUUUCCUCAACAGGGACAAGGUGCAGAGACGCAUGCUGACGAAGAAAGCCGCCACAUACCUUUCGGCGUAAGAUGUGCGAUUCGAGAUUUUUUGCUAGAGUAUCCUGUGAUUAGAACUUCGCCGCUCCUGGGUGACAGGAAUGACAGGACGAAGAUCACGUCGUCAAGAAGGUCUUCCGUUUUUGUGCCCUUCCUGGGUGACGUUGAAGAUACGAGCCAUGAUGAUCUGAUAAGGGAUCCAAUUUUACCUGAACCUGAAGCGAGUAGAAAUUACGCGCCAUUCCGAAGGUGGUUAUGGCGAGAAGCGUGGAGGCGUCCCACACUGAUGGAGGCCAUGACUGCGGUACACAGCUUUCGCUCGUCAAAUGGACAACAGUACUGGUACAAUUUGGAGGGGGAGAGACUAGGGCCAGUGGUCAUGUUGAAUCAACAGGGAGGUGCAUUUUUGUCUGGCACGGUCGGGCAGAGACAACCGCCUCCACAUUCCCCUCCACCGACUGUACAAGAGUUAGGUCAGAUACGGUGGGCUUGAGGAGGAAGUGAAGCCAUUCGUGGUCGACUUCUAAGGUGAGUAAGGCACAACGCGAAGGAGCUGAGAAGAGAAAACUACUUGUUGUACAACUUUCUACAGACCAGGUGUAUUUGCUGAAAUUUAUCUCGUUUGCUAUUCUCAUUUCAGCCUUUCCAACAAAAUGAAGAUGCUUGAACAAACUGUACAGGUCUUAGAUGUUUACUGAUAAGGAAUGACUACAGGUAAUCCAUUGAUGAAAC